AUGUCCUCUCAACCAUCUCACGAUUCUCCCCAGAUGGAGAAUGACCAAGAGCCUUCCUCUGUCCCCCUUGACAAUGUCGACAUCCCCAAGAAGAAGCCUAAGAAAAAGAAAAAGCCCAAGAGCCAACGGGGCAUCGGGAAGCCCACCGGGUUCGAAGAAUAUUAUGUCGACGCGCCGAUGACCCCAGAUGAGUAUCAUGAAGAGCUGGCUCUGUACGAUUCUGAGCGACCCAUCAUCCAUCGCCUCGAAGAUGCCAUCUUACGCUACCAGCAAAAGCGUCGCAUCGAAUCCAACCGGCUGGCCAUAUUUCACAGAUAUCUGUCCUACGGUGGCGUAGACAUCGGCCCCAGAAUGUUUGGUGGUGUUGACCAACAUGACCUCAAGAGCAUGGACAGCGAGCAGAUCCUAUUCGCGAGAUCCCAAGCGAGCAUCAAAUACCACUACUCCAAGCUCGCCAUCGACUUUGACGCAGUCGUGCGAGGCUACCUGACCUCUCACUUUCCGUACUAUUUCAGCCCCGAAAGUAAGGCCAUGGUGGAGCUGGCCACCGUCACCAUUCGCAAUUUCCUAUCCUACCUCCUCUACCACAACGUGUGUCCUGAAUACAAGGAAAACAUCGACGAGGCAAGGAGGUCCUGCGACGUCGCCGGCCGCGAGCUAUGGAAGAACCAGCAGUUCACAGCCCAAGGCCCCGGCGAGUUCAACACGGCGUGCUCCACCUUGUUUGGGGGCUUCCUGUACGACAUGUACGUCGAUAACGGAUCGUGGAAGAACAAGCGAGAGGCCCAUGAGUGGAUGAGCAACGAUGUGGCGCGCAAGGUUGUCAAGUUCGCCUUGGCCGGCGCGGGAACGCACGAACAGGCGCUGCGUUUUCAGCAGCUGGCAAACGAAGACAACUUCUGUGCCACCAGGAUUGAGGACAUCCAUGGCUUUGAGGUCACUGCCGUUUGUCCUCCGGAUGACGCAGUGUGUGCAUUCUACCAUGAGUAUGCCCCUGACCUAAACCCCGUCGGGAAACUAUUUGCAAGGGCGUUCUACGAUCCGGGAAAGCCCGCCUAUGACUUGUCGCCGGAAGAGCAUCUGCAGGUGGAGCGUGGAGAUGGAUUGAACUUGGACUUUGAGUUCUUCGUCGAAGGCCACCUUCUGGAACACUGUUACCCUGGGAUGAAGGUGAUUACUCCGGUGUGGGCGCUGAACUCGGCGUUCCACUUCUUCGAGGAUAUCCAAACUGCCUACAGCUCCCUUUACACGGUCUUGUCGAACGAUCUCCUGCUGGGAUGGCAGAUGCCGAAGGAAGUCGGUGGGCAUGCCGUGAAAGACGAUGGUUUUGAACUUGACGAGGCAAAGGCUUGA